AUGGUGGUGGCAGGGGGAGAGGAAGGCUUCUCCAGGGGGCGGGGAGCCCUGGGGAGCCUAAAGCAGGGCGGUAGCCGGAGUCCUGCCAUCUCCGCCCAAAGCAGCAGUAUCUGCGGCAUGAGCCCCAAACUCCACUCAAGUUUCCCGGGCCCGGCGGUGGCGGAGUCGGCUCCCUGCUCGCAGCCCGGGAACCCGGGCCAAGCAGUAGACAGCCCCUCGCGGGUGGCAGCAGGAGCAGGCGGCGGCUGUGGCAGUGGCAGUGGCACUGGCACUGGCAGAGGCAGAGGCAGAGCAGGCGGCUGCGGCGCGGGGGCGGCGGCGGCGGCGGCUGCGGCCCAGGCGGGCGGACUGACGGGCGGGCUGAGAGAGGCGCCAGCCAGGCAACCCAAGCGAGCUGCCACCCCGGCUGCGGUGCAAGCAGACAUGGCCCUGACCCUGACCCCCGAGCACAUGAAGAUAUCAGAGGUGGAGAUGGAGUGCUACUACUGUCUGCUGCAAGCGGCGGCCCUCAUCGAGUCCAUCACUGCAAGUAAGGGACCUCCUGCCUCCGCCCCCUUGUCCCUUAACACCCCCAAGCUCCCUUUGCCCUCCCAUCCUCCGUACCCCUUCAUGCAGCAGUGUUCCUCUUCUGCCUCUCCCCUGCUGUCCGGCCAGUCCAGCGGGACUGGCAAAGCAGCACAACCCCCCCCCCCCCAGUUCCUCGGGCUUAAAUGGGUCAGCGCAGCUGGAAGCGAGUCUGGGAACCUCCUGCGGCGCACCCACUUCAUUGGUUUCCCCCGUAGUGGCACUACUCGAGAGAGAGAGAAAGAGCACGUGGGCGACACAGCCACCCCCCUCCGCUCAAAGAAGUUACAGAUUUUCUUGGGGAUCCCUGCUCCCCAAAUCUGGAGGGCAGGAGAAACACAGACAACAGUUCCCAUCUUUGCAAAGGACAUCACUGAUCUCUUGGAGAAGGAACUGGCCUUCCUUUCUGGUGGCAGAGGGAAAGCUAAUGAUUGGAUUAUAACAUUUCCAGAAAACUCCAAUUUCAAAGAAGCCACAGAAGAUGUCUUAACAAAAGUGUUAACUUACUUGACUUCCCUUCCCAGAAAAUAUGAACCAGAUACCAAAUUUAUCCUUAUUCUGGAUAGAAGAUUGGAUACCUGGGCAUCUGUGAAAAUUGCUCUCCAAAGAAUUGCAGCCUCUUUUCCAGGGAACUUGCAUUUGGUUGUGGUCUUGAGGCCCACAAGUUUUAUCCAACGAACUUUCACAGACAUUGGCUUUCGGUUCAGUCAAGAUGAUUUCAUUCUCAAAUUGCCGGUUGUAAUGCUUAGUUCUGUCAGUGACUUACUGAAUUACAUUGACGAGAAGCAGUUAACCCCUGAGUUUGGAGGCACUUUGGAAUACUGUCACAGCGACUGGGUCAUCUUCAGAACAGCUAUUGAAAAUUUUGCCCUGAGUGUGAAGGAAAUGGCUCAGAUGCUGCAAUCCUUUGGGACCGAGCUGGCUGAAACUGAACUGCCGGACGAUGCUUUCUCCAUUGAACGAAUGCUGACAGUCCGUACUGAAAAAUACUUACAGUUAAAGGAAGAGAUUAUAAAUGUUAUGAAAGAAGGCGAUACGCUGCUGAGGACCCUUGAUGUGCCUAACACCAAAGAAUCAAAUGAAGAACCUCCUCAAGAAAAAUCCGGAGAUUGGGAAACUGUUAGUAGAUUACUUGCUCAACUGCACGAGAUGGAAGUGGCUUUUGAUGAAUUUUGGGACAAGCACCAAUUCAAGAUGGAUCAGUAUUUACAACUCGGGAAAUUUGAACAAAAUUUUAUAGAGGAGCUGAUUGGGAAGGCCCAGCUCCUGAUACUGCAUGGGCACCAGCUUGCAGCCAAUCACCAUUAUGCUGUUGACUUAAUCUGCCAGAGGUGCAAUGAGUUAAGACACCAAACAGAUGUAUUGUCUGAAGACCUGAAAGCCAAAGAGAAGAAGCUUACCAAGACCUUGGAACUCCAGAAUCGGCUGCGCCAGGCUCUCCUGUGCUGUGAUGAGGGGGCCUAUCUCCUUGCUAAUCAGCCGAUGGAUAAAUGCCAGGCAAAAGAAGGUGCUCAGAGAGCUCUUUAUGACAUCGAGAAGUUCCUUGAUGUGACUCUCCCCAAUUUAAAGUAUGAUCCUCGUGUCCUACAGCGGGAAUUUGAGGUCAUUUUGACUCCCGAACUCAAGAUUCAGAUCCAGGCUGUCCACGUCAAGCUGGAGAACAUUCGCAGCAUGUUCCAGAACCGGCAGGCUUGUUUCCGGAAGCUGACAGAUAAGCAUUCCCGGCCCAUCCAACUUGUGACACCUCGGCCCGAACACACAGGCAGAUCCAAAUCGCCGCUGUUCUCACCCAAACACGGUAAAAUGAAGACAAGAAAAACUCAGAACUCACGAAAAAUUGAAGUGAUGCAUGAUUAUGAAGAAAGGAGAAAUUCUACACAGUCCAUUAUUUCAGAGAAUGAAGAUAGCUUGAAUGUGCUUAAAAGCCAUGUGAUAAACGAGCUAAUAGAGACUGAGAGGGUGUACGUAGAUGAACUGUUCACUGUCUUGGUGGGCUACCGAGCAGAGAUGGACAACCCUGUAAUGGCACCACUUAUCCCACCUGCUCUGAGAAACAUGAAGGACAUUCUCUUUGGAAACAUGCCUGAAAUCUAUGAAUUCCACAACAAGAUUUUUCUGCACAGCCUGGAGAGCUGCCUUGGAGCACCACAACGCGUGGGAUUUUGUUUCCUGGAAAGGAGGAACGAUUUUCAGAUCUAUGAGAAGUAUUGUCAGAACAAACCCAGAUCUGAGAUAAUUUGGAGACAGUACUCAGAAAUCACCUUUUUCAUGGAAUGCCAAAAGAAACUAGAACAUAAACUUGGCCUGGACUCCUAUCUGCUCAAACCAGUGCAACGCCUGACAAAAUACCAGUUGCUUUUGAAGGAGUUACUCAAGUACAGUGCUGAAUCUGAAGGUGUCCAACAGCUCGAGGAAGCUCUCGUUGCCAUGUUGGACUUACUGAAGUCGGUCAAUGACUCCAUGCACCAGACUGCCAUUAUUGGUUAUGAUGGUAACCUAAGUGACCUGGGCAGAGUAUUAAUGCAAGGAUCAUUCAGUGUUUGGAUUAGUCGUAAAGGUACCACCAAAAUGAAGGACUUUGCCCGAUUCAAGCCCAUGCAACGCCACCUUUUCUUGUAUGAGAAAGCUAUUGUGUUCUGUAAGAGGAGAGAUGACUAUGGAGACGGACAUGAGAGAACACCCUUCUAUAGCUUUAAGCACCAUUUGAAAGUAGAAGACGUCAAGGGCACAGUUCUCAAGCUGCCGUCCCUGGGGUCUCCUUAA